AUGAAGUUGGUGGACAUGAAGAAGUCAGCUGAUGAAUUGCAUAUACCAUCCCUCCUUGAAAUGGUGUUCAGAGAUGUUUUAAGAAUCCAGCUGUGUUCUGGCUUUGGAAUCAAGUUCAAUGCUACAGAUGCUUUAAGAUGUGUGAACGACUACCAAGGAAUGCUCAAAGUAGCCUGUGCAGAAGAAUGGCAGGAAAGCAGGAGGAAGGAUGAACACUCCAAGGAGGUGAUUAAACCACACAAUUGGACCUAUACAGCAGAUUAUAUGAGACCAUUACUUGGAGAUUCACUCAAGUUAAAGGCUGUACCUACAACAGAUCAUAUAAAUACAGAGAAAUUGAAAGACAAAGAAUAG